CCCACUUUUCUUACUUCUCUAAACCAUUUUCCCUUCUCUUAUCUAAUGGACCUUCUCUUAGUCUUCUCCCAAUGUCCACCAUUCCCUCCUCCGUCUACGGCGGCCCACCACCACCUCUAACCACCACCACCACCAAUACGCUCAUCGAGAGCCUUGAUAAAAUCGGCCUAGGCUAUGCAAUUGCAAUUGCCCUUGGCUUCCUCUUCCUCCUAUUCUCUCUCCUCCUUUCCUCUUACCUUUGCUGCCGCUCCGCCGCCUCUCGACCCCGUCAAGCCCAAAACCCGAACACCGAAAACGAUGGAAUUUACAUUCCUAGUGUAAUUUUCGUUGCUGAGGACGAUGAAAACGACGACCUUUCAUCACAAAACACCUUCGCGGGCCUCGAUCAAGCUGCAAUAAACUCGUACCCCAAAUUGAUUUAUUCGAAGAGAAACGGAAAUUGGGGAAAUGGAAACGGAAACGGAAACGACGUCGUGUGUUCGAUUUGUUUGUGCGAUUACAAGGAAGCAGAGAUGUUGCGUAUGUUACCUGACUGUAAGCAUUAUUUUCAUGUGAUGUGUAUAGACGCGUGGCUGAAACUGAAUGCUUCUUGUCCAGUCUGCCGGAACUCUCCGUUUCCGACGCCGAUGUCGACGCCGUUGUCGGAGGUGGUACCACUUUCACAAUACUCCGAUGGCCGGAGGCGGCAUUGAUGACUAAAAAUGGAAUCAGGGGAUUCUGCUUGUUUGCAUGUUUUAUCUCCUCUUUGUUUCAAUUUAUGUAUUCUAAUUUUGAUGGUGAAUUUAAACAUGUAAUUUUUAAAUUUUAAAACAAAAUUUAUAUAUU